AUGUGCUCUCACCCUUUCACUUCCUUUCACUCCUUUCCUCCUCGCAGCUACCCCGUGUCGGUCAUGAAGCGCAAGGCGGUGGUGCGAUACAUGUUCCACCAGCCAGAGGACGUCAGAUGGUUCCAGCCAGUGGAGCUCUUCACCAAGUACGGCCGGAGGGGGCGCAUUCGCGAGCCUGUGGGCACCAAAGGAGCGAUCAAGUGUGUGUUCGAUGGGGUGGUACAGCAGCGCGAUGCCGUCUGCAUGGCCCUCUACAAGCGAGUCUACCCCAAGUUCCCCGUCCUGCCAGCCUCCCUUUGA